GAAGCUGCUGCUCGUUUUCCCGAGCGUUUUCUCGCCUCCCAAACAAACAAACGGAAACGGAACAUCGUUGAGAUGGACGAAGUUGUGGUGGCCGUGGAGAAGGCGAAGAAGGAUUGGGACGAGGCGUGCGGAAGAAUCAAAGAGACGAUCAAGUCGAUCGAAGAGUACGGUAAAUCCACGGGAACGCCCACUGUUGAGCAGAAGAAUUCGCUUCCCAGAUUGAAUGGGAUCGCACAAGACGACCUCGCUAUACUCAAGGCGUUGCAGUUCAAUCUCGAUCUUCUCGCCCCUCAGCUACCCACGGACGAUGAAAUUCAGGCCGCCCAGUCCUUGCUCGGAUCCUGGAAAACCCAAAUCCAAACUUUGCGGGUGAGUUUGAGAAAUGCUAAUUUGCAAGCAAAGGCUAACAUGAGGAAAACAGCUCAGGAAGAGAGAGAACGUCUUUUGGGAGGAGGAGAAGAGUCCACAAUUCGUCGGCGCAAUUUACAGACAAAAGCUGGAAUGACACAAGCUGCAGAAAGCAUCACUGAAAGCCUUCGGAGAACUCGUCAACUGAUGGUUCAGGAGGUUGAAAGAAGUGCAAGCACACUUGCGACUGUUGAGGAAUCAACUGGAGUACUGAGGAAGGCUGAAAGUGAAUACAAGGGACACCGCUCGUUGCUCAUGCGAACCAGAAACCUACUCUCAAACAUGCAACGUCAGGAUGUCCUCGACAGGUUGAUACUUGCCGUUGGAUUUCUGUUGUUCUCCUGUGUGGUUCUUUAUGUUGUUUCGAAGCGCAUGGGGAUACUCAAGUUACAGAGGAAAGUUACUGCCGCUCUGAAGGCUGGCAUGGCUGGACAAGCAGCAAACGUUGUUGAACUAAGACGUGAUAGAGAUGGCGUAAACCUCGUUGGACGCCGCGACGACGCUGCUCCCGAGGUGGUUGUACCGCUUGAACAUAGGAUUCGCGAUGAGCUCUGAAGUUACUGACGAUCUCUCAAAUAGACUAGGUCAUUGGGCUUGGUCUGUUCUUGCCAACCAGGAAAAAGAUGACAAAUCUUCAACUGAAAGUAGCCAACUGAUGAUAGUGAUGCAGGAAACUAUGGUGUAACCAACGAUUGAAUGAAUAUGUGUUAAAUGUGUUUUGAUUCUUAGAUUUGAGUCCGUUAUCAGAAUUUGACCUCGCUCAGAUCAUUUGGGGAAAAACCCAAAUGUGAUUUUUUUUAGAGUGUAUGGGAAUAUUCUGAGUCUAAAAAAUCUAAGACUUUGUAUUGUUACCAUUUCUUCGUAGUGAAAAUAUUUGUCUUUUCUUUGU